AUGCGUCCUGUUAUUUCUCUUCCUUUUGCCAUCCAGAGGGAAGCGAGCUGCACAGGUCCCAUCACUCUUGCAAUUGGGCCCUUCUUUCUGGUUUGUCUGUCGUCUUGCCCUCCUUCCGAGCGCUGGGAUUACUACUUGGCCGUGGGAGCCAGCCAGCCAGCCAAAAACAUGGCACUCGCGCCCCCCGCGGACCUGCCCCUCCGCAACACCCCCCCAACCAGAACCAAAAGCAAAAGCAAAAGCAAAAGCAAAAGGGGUCCGCCCGCUCCCGGCGCCUGGCCAAAGCCUCCCUCCAGCAGCCGCCACUGCCAGGCGCUCUCCCCUCCAGGUGCUAACCGAGCCCGACCCUGCUUAGCUUCCCAGAGGAGACGAGCUCGGAGCUUCGCAGGUUGCUGCGCUCGCCGAGCCGCCGCCACGCUCCCGCCCCGCGCUCCAGCCCCAGCGGCCCACGGCCCCGGCACGAUUCUGACGCACACCCGCCCUGCGGCAACCCCCGCCCCGCCCCGCCGCAACCCCCCCGAGCAGCGCAGAGCCCCGCACAGCCCUGGCCCCGCCGCCCCCAAACAAACCCCCUCGCCCAAGCCACGCCACGCUCCCGCCCUCCCUCCCUGCCUGCCGCCCCCCUGCGAGAGCCGCACGGGCGCCCCCCGUUCCCCCCGCAUAGCUGACUCUCGCCAACAGCCCGGCCGCAGCAGCCCCACAAGGAAAAAAAGGGGGCCGGCAGCGCCUGAAAAAAGCCUACAGCACGCGGCCUUCCGCAGAUAG